AUGGCGUCGGCGAAGCCGGAGGAGGUCACCGUCUCCGACAACGUGCUGGCCAAGCUGGAGCGGGAGUUCAAUGAGGCGAUGCAGGCGUUAGAGGACCACGAAAAGUUUAGCAGCUUUCGUGACGAGUACGAAAAGCUGCACCGGGCUUUGAUCAACAGCCAUGAGUCGGAGAAGCGGCUGGUGCGGCGGUGCCAGCAGCUGACGCAGGAGCUGAUGAGUAACGCGGCAAAGAUGCAGGCCGCCGUGAAGCUCUCGCAGGGCGACCACAGCACUAUUGAGGCGCUCAAGAAGGAGAUCGAGAAGGCCUGGCGUAUGGUGGACACCGCCAACGAGAAGGACGCCCGCGCGAAGGAGACAAUCAAGAAACUCAAGGAGGAGGUGUCCUCGCUGCAGGAGAUUGUGGAGAACGGCACCGAACUCACCUCCACUCAGACAGCCACGCUAGAGGAGCUGAAGCUGGAGAAGAAGCGCAUGCAGUCGGAGUACGACGAGCUCGUCAAGCAGAUGGAGACGCUGACGCGGGAGACGCUUGAAAUUGGCCAGAGGAUGAAGGAGGCCGAUGCAGAGAUGCGGAACAACCAGGAAGAGCUGCGGCGUGUCUCGGACCGGGAGAAGACGGUGCGGCAGGAGUAUGAAAAGGAGGUGAAGGCGCGGGAACGGGCCGAAGUGCAGGUGCGUGAGCAGAUCAUCCUCGUGCAACAGCGUGAAAAGGAGCUGAAGACGCAUGAACAGCUGUACAACAAGCUCAACGCCGCCGUCAAUCUCCUGCGGGUGCAGCACCAGGAGGAUCAGAACAAGCGGCAGGCACUCGCUCAAAAGGUUGAGACGGCGGAGAAGCAGCUGUUUCACACGCAGCAAUCGUACGAUGACGCCGUGGACACCACCGAGGCCCUCAAUGAACGCCACCGGGCGGUUCGCAAGGAGAUCACGGAGGCAGAAAAGAAGGCUGUAGAGAUACGCGCAGAGGAGCAGCGAAUCCAUCGGGUGCGGGACAACGACUUUAAGGAGCUCUGCCGCCUUGUGCAGCAGAACGAAGACAUACGUCGGGACCAGGGAAAUCUUGAACGGCAGCUGACGACCCUUCAGAAACGUAUCGAGACGGUGCGGAGGGAAAAGGAGGACAUGCACCGUGCCUUUGAAAUUAUGCAGCGGGAAAAGGAUACGUUGAAGAAGUAUGCCGAGAAGGAGCGGGAGAAGAUGCAGGCCAUUGAGAAACUUAUCGCGAACGAGGUGGAAAGCCAGGCUGAGAUUGAGGACGCCAUUGCCCGUGAGCGUGAGAUCAGUGCGCGUCUGCGGCAAACGGUGGCGCGACUGGAGAGUGAAAGGGAGAAGUACGUGCAUGAGGUCUCGCAGGUCUCACUGCACCAUACGCAGGCGCAGGAGGAACUGAAGAUUGCAAGCAUCACCUGUGAGGAAACCCAAAAGGCGAUCGACGAGAGUGAGCAUAAGCUUAAAAGGCAGCAGAGUCGGUAUGAGCAGGUGCGCUCGGAGCGGAAUAUGUACUCAAAGAAGCUCAUUGAGUCCCAGGACGAGGUGGUGGAGUUGAAGCAAAAGUUUCGCAUGAUGGACCACCAGAUUCUUCAGCUGAAGGAGGAGCUUGCGAUGAAGGAGAAGAAGUUUCAGGAGGAGUCCGGCUCACAGAAGGUGUCAAAGGACAAGCUGACCAAGGUUCGCAAACUAGUCAACGAGCGCACCGCCGCACUGGAUGACGCCAACCAGCAGUGCGAGCACGUGGGGCAGCAGAUAAAGCAACUCGUGAAGGUCAUCAACCAGUGCGACAAGGAGCUCAGCGCGCAGCAGAAGCGGUUCCUGGCCGUGAGUGGGGAACGCGACCUCUUGGGCACGCAGCUCAUACGCCGCAACGACGAGCUGGCCCUCCUUUACGAGAAGGUGCGCACGCAACAGGAGAUGUUGACCCGCGGGGAGGCCGCCUACCGGGCGCGGAUAGAAGACAUGCGGCUGUUGCGUUUAAAAAUAGAGGACCUGAAGCGGCAGUCCCUGAUCGCGCACAACCGCGCCCUCCACACGGAGAAGCUGAAGGAGGACAUCAAACAACUAAACUACGAUCUGCGGGCGCAGCAGGCGAAGGUGCAGGCCCUCACAGAGGAGGCGGAGAACCCGAAGAACGCGCUCCGUUGGGAAAACGUCUCUGGACGCGACCCCACACCGGAGGAGCUGGAAGAGAAAAUCACACGACUGCAGCGUCGUCUCAUCACCAAGUCGGAGGAAUGCGUCGAGAAGGACAUGGAACUUCAGGAGAAGCAGCGGCUAGUGACGGAGCUGCAAAACAUUCUCGCCCGUCAACCGGGAAUGGAGGUGGCACGACAGUUAAACCUGAUGCAGAAGGAGCUGGGCCACAAGAAUUCGGUGAUGAAGCAAAAGGCGUCAGAGCUCAACAUGACAUCUACGCACAUUUCGGAACUAAAGUACGAGGCGGAGCGUCUACGACGCGAACUCCAUGAAACAAAGCGAAAGUACUACGAAACACAGAUGAGCAACGACAAACUCUUAGAUAAUCUCACCCAGGCCAAGCAAUCGGUGGCCUUCCCUCGAUUUUGA